CAGUUUCGGCCCAGCACAGUUCAUAUUUCACACACACACACACACACUGCUGCUCAAAUCUCAAGAACAUCUGUCUGCUAAAGAGAGACUGGAAAACCUGUGCAGAGUGAAAACUAGAGCUAGUGAGAAAGAAAGAGUGAGAAAGAGAGAUAGAGAGAGAGAGAAAGGAAAGAUGAGGCCUCCAUCACAGCUGGGCUGCGCUAUAUAGAACACGUGCGUCGGAGAAAUAGCAUUUCCUGAGGGAGGAGAGAGGAUGGAGAGAGCUGUGAGAGAGAACGAGAGCAACAAGAAGGAGGAAGGGAGAGAGGAAAGUGUGUGAAGCUGGCCCAGUCAGGCAAAGAUGGAUGUGUGUUCUGGGUGGAGGACUAGACGAAAGAGCUAAAGAGACUUUUUACCUUCGGUUAUCAACAGAAGCAGCUAUGCAGGACUCAACCUGGGAUUGUGUGGGUGCAAUAAGCCACAGGUAUGGCACUGGUCCAGUCCCUUCCAGUGACUACUGACCACCAACCUCCAGGUCUGGAGAGUCGUAGACAACGUUCCUCUCCUGUUUCAUCACCCUCCCUAGGGGCCAUGGGCUCUGUAAGCAGUAUGAUCCCCAGCCACACCGCGUACCACGGCCGGAACAACCUAGAGGUCACGGCUCAGCUCCGCCGAGGUACACCAGGCUCAGGACGACUCCUCUCUGAUUCCUCUCGUGAAGGAUUUUUUCUAAGUCAAACACCAUCAAGCAAGAGGAAGGCCAUUGCAGCUCGAGGGAAAGGAAUUGGCGGGCGAUCAUAUUCACAUGAAGAUUUGAUCACUGACUGGAAUGAUAACUGGUUGGAUUCAGGCCAGAAUGGAGGGGAGAUUGGUGUGGAUGGGCCUCCUAAACUGGUGCCUGUUUCUGGGCAGUUAGAGAGGAACGUACAGCAGGCCAUCAUCCGACCAACAGCUUUCAAGCCUGUGGUGCCAAAAAGCAGAAAUGCCAUGCAGUAUCUCUCACCACGGCUAGGGGGAGGUUUAUCGGGGAGCCAGGGCAACAUCAGUGUACUCUCUCCAGAACAGGACACCAUCAGCCCAGUAACCACAGAACGACGUAGCUCCUACAGUGGAGCUCGAAAUGGCUUGUUCAGCCAGUCCUUCACUAUGACGGACUCAGGACGGAACUCUUUAACCAACCUGAAUGCAUACAAUGGCCCUGUUUAUAGUUUAAACCAAGCAGAAGCUAGCAAGCCUGUGCUUAGCCAUGGACACUCCAAUUCAGACAGUGGACGUUCAUCUUCUAGCAAAAGCACAGGGUCUCUUGGAAGUCGCAGUCAACCGGGUAUAUCAGACAUGGGAUCAGGUGGACCCUCUCCUCCACCAAUAGAGGCUUAUGAGGCCAUUGUGAGAGACUUGGAGGACAAAUUGAGGGAGAGAGAGCUGGAGCUGCAGCACCUGAGAGAGAACCUAGAUGAGAAUGAGGUGGCUAUUUGUCAGGUGUAUGAAGAGAAGCAGAAACGCAGUGAGCUAGAGAUGGAAGAAUUGAGACAGAGCUGUGCAACUAAAAUGCAGAAGGCCUCACAGAAGGCCCAGCGGGCACAGCAGCUCCUUCAGUUCCAGUUCUUCCAGCUUCAGCAGGAGAAAAAGAAACUGCAUGAUGAAUUUACACAAGUCCUGCAGGAACGUGAUCGGCUUGAGGAACGGUGUGCCUCCUUUGAACGGGAACACACACAACUGGGACCCAGACUGGAGGAGACCAAAUGGGAGGUAUGUCAGAAGACAGGUGAGAUCUCUUUGCUAAAACAGCAGUUGAAGGACUUGCAGGCAGAGCUGUCUCAGCGAGUGGGAGAGGUGGUGACACUACGAGGGCAGUUGCGAGAGGUGCGGGCUGAACUUCAGAAUAGCCAGAGCCAACUGCAGGAGGCACACACACAUGCACACACUCGUGCCCUCGAGCUGGAGGUGUCCGAGAACGAGCUGCAACGGCGCAAGAGCGAGAACGAGCUGCUACGAGAGAAAAUGAGCCAUUUAGAGGAGGAGGCAAUGCAUCUCCGCCAGGCUUUGAAUGAAUAUGCUGAGGCUCCACCCCUCAUGCAGGAAUCAGGCUACAGAGGAGGUGCAAGGGGUGGUGGAAGUAUUGAGGAGCAAAGGAUUGGAAGUGAUAGCGAGGAGGCCAAAGGUCAGCGUGAGAGUUCCAGGCAGCAGGUGGAGAGGCUGAAAGGUGAGCUGGCUCGCCAGAAGCAGCUGGUUGAGGAUCAGGCUGCAACGUUUGAGAAUGAGCGCCACUGCUGGGAAGAGGAGAAGGACAAAGUGAUUCGUUAUCAGAAGCAGCUGCAGCAGAACUAUGUUCAGAUGUACCGGCGCAACCGUGAGCUUGAGGCAGCCCUACGUGAGCUUAGUCUGGAGUUGGAGAAACGAGAGCAAGACGACGAGAGCAGCGGCAAUGAGGUCACCUUUGACGAUGUUGCUGCAACCGAGAUAUAACACUCUACAGGCCAAAUUCAACUCAAGUUGCUCAUUCACAGUUGAAUAUUUAAUCGAUGCCCUGUUGACCCAGGCCAUCACUUUUAAUUUCAUAGCAGUAUCCAAAUACAGCUUUUUUUGCUCACUGAUUGAAACACAUACAUAGGAUUCACUUGCACUAAACCGUAAAGCAGCAAUCUAUCGAUAAACGCAAAAAGAAGAGUUGGAAGAAGAUCCGCAAUUGUGUUUGUCAUACCUGUAUUCUGACAAAUACCACCUUCUACACCAGGAUUGGCCUAAAGUAGUCCUUGCAUCCAAGGAGCUCACUGACUGGACAGUUGAAAUGCCAGAUUGUGGAAAAUGUCUAAAAAGUCUACACACCCCAGGUAAAAUGGCAGGUUUUUGUGAUGUAAAACAAUAAAACCAAGAUAAAUCAUGUCAGAAUUCUACCUUUAUUGUAAAUAUUUAAACUAUUAAUUGAAGUGAAAAAGAAUAAUAAUUUUUUUUUUUCUUUUAGGAAAGAAAAAAAAAAAAGUACAAUACCCAGCUUGCAUACAUGUGCACACCCUUUUUUAACUGGGAAAGUGGCAGUGUUGAGAAUGAACCAAUCACAUUUAAACUCAUGUUUUUAUUACUAAUUAGUAUACGCCUGCCAUCAAUUACAGUGACUGAUUACCCCCAAAUAAAGUACAGCUGUUGCUAUAGGAUUCUCCUCACAUCAUAUUGGUAACCUCUAACUAGAAAAACCAUGGGCUACAAAGAGCGUACAAAGCAGGUGCAGGAUCUCAUUGUUGAAAAAUAUCAAUCAAGACAGGGUUGCAAAAAGAUUUACAAGGCAUUGGUUGCCCCUUGCAUGUGACGACAGUUUCCCAAAUUCUUCAUAUGUCUGGGCUGUGGGGUAGGGUGGCAAGACAGGAGCCUUUUUCAACCAAAAAAAAAAUAAAAAAAUCAUCCAAUCUCCUGAAACCAUAUGGAAUAAUAUCUAAUGAUCUGAGGAGACCAAAGUUUUUGGCCAUAAUACCAAAGGAUAUGUUUGGCACAAAAAAACCACAUCACAUCACGAAAAGAACACCAUCCCCGUGGUGUAGCAUGUAUCAUACUUGGGGCUACUUUUCUUCAGCUGCAACUGUGGCUUUAAUCAGAUUUGAGGGAAUAAUCAAUACCUCCAAAUACCAGUCAAAUUUUUCACGAAACUUUAAAGGGGUUAUACGAUGAUUUUAAAAGUUAAUUCUUUUGUUUAUUGGGUGUAAUAGAAUAGAUUAACUUGCUUUUAUGUUCAAAAAGCACAUUAUUUUUUCACAUACUCUACAUUAUUGCAGUACCUCUAUUCCCAGUCUGUCUGAAACACUCUGAGUUCCAGUUUCUCCAAAGCCCAGAGCGCUCUGAUUGGUCUGCUGACCCAUUGUGUUGUGAUUGACCAAAAACCUCAAGCGUGUGUCGGAACUGUAACGCCCCUUACCAUAAUCGUGAGCUUCAGCUUCCAGGGCUUCUAAAGCAAUUAUAAACACAGUUAAUAAUGUCGUCGGUUUUAACGUGUCAGUUCGAACCCGAGUCAGAUUCUGAAAAUGCGGACGAUCGAGCAGAUCAAGCGUAGCCAUCUAUGCAAGCACUGCUUGAGCAGAAGGUUUCAUAGUUGUAAGUUUUUAUUUUGUAACUGUCCUACCUUUCAGAUACAAUGUUAUAACGGUUUCAUUUGUCUUCUUCACUGUAACAACUUUAUGUCCUGAAGUGACAACAUAUAAUACGUUUAAAUAAAAAAAAAAUAAAAAAAAUAUGGUGGCAUUAGGCUGAUAUUUCAAAUUAUGAGUUUAAAUUGUGCGGAAGUGAGAUCUGGACUUCGAUCGAGGUGUUUUAGGCAGGUCUGGAGCAGUGUUCUGUGUUAGAUGGAAUAAAUCCCUUUGUGGGAGACUUUGUUGUUGUAACUUUGCAGAUCUUAUACAUGCACAAACAGAUACGUUACACACUAAAGGAAACAGAAAACAUUUAAAAGUAUGAUAUGACAAAAACAUUUCAAAUGAAGAGGAAUUUCACCUUUCAGCAUGACAAAGACCCAAAGCAAACCUCCAGAUCAACAAAGGAAUGGCUUCACCAAAACAAGUUCAUGGUUUUGGAAGUCCAAACCUACAUCCAAUCAGAAAUCGGUGUGGUGACCUUAAGAGGGCUCUGCACAGGAGAUGCCCAGCCAAUCUGACAGACUUAGAAUGCUUUUGCAAGGAAGAAUGGCAAAAUAUUGCUAAAUCAAGACGUGCCAAACUGACUGACUCUUACCCAAAAAGAGUGAAUGCUGUGAUAAAAUCUAAAGGUGCUUCAACUAAGUAUUAGUUUAGGGUGUGCACACUUAUGCAACCAGGUUAUAGUACAUUUUUUAUUUUUCGUUUCACUCUUAUUGUUUUUCACUUUUAUUAAUAGGUUAAAAAUGUACAGUAAAGGUAGAAAAGGUUCUGACAUGAUUUAUCUUGGUUUCAUUUUUUACAUCGCAAAAACCUGCCAUUUUAACAGGGGUAUGUAGACUUUUUAGAUCCACUGUAUAGCCAAGAGAAAAGAUUUCUUAGAAUAUUGGUGCGUUAGAGGUAAUGCUUCUCCAUUGCUUCUCAACGUCUGUUUUUGCUUUCAUUUCUAUAGAGAUAGAAACAACUUCCUGACUGUCCAAUUAGUGGAAAAUUUGAAGUACAACUAAAUUCGGUAAGCCUUUAUCCUGGUCAGGGUCACGGUGGAGCCAGAGCCAAUCCCAGGAACACUGGGCAGGAAUGCAUCCUGGAUGUCAAACCAGUUCAUCACAUGGCACCAUGCACAAACACGUUCGGCAAAUUCCUCUACAAGUUCACCCUUUGCCUAUUCUAAAUUAUUAGCAAUAUAAGCAAUAUUUAUGGGCACAGAUUUCCCAAAGCCCUUUCCAUAUCCAUACCCAAUGUCCACGAGAAUUAAAUAAUGACUAAAAUCAUCUUGAACGUUUUUUAACGUUUUAAUUCAACCUAAUCCCGUGUCAGCGUGACCUGAGGAUUAUCUCUAUAAUCUAAUUAUAAAUAUUAUUUUUUAAAUAAUUUUUAUUUCAUGUUAAUUAGAAUAGAAAACUUUUUGACCCAAAUGGAACAUAAAGGUUAAAAUGCAACCUGUCUUUCCAGUGCUACACUAACAUUAUCAUACUGAACAUCAGUUCACAUAUACAGUACCGUGAAAAGAGGUCAUUAAAAGUUUGUAUUUUCUAUAGUUAGGUCAUGAAUACAUCACAUUUAAUGUGACUAUAUAGUGUAGGCUAAGCCAUCUCAACUGUCUUGAGAUGCUCUCUAUACAGUACAUCACACAAAGUGUAAAGUUCAAGUUUAUAUGCCUCAUACUUAUACUUCUUAUCUGCGUUCAUAUCGAAUGCAUCAUCUGUUUGUCACGUUUAAUGCAAUCACGCUCAUGUACAAUAUGUAGGCUGUGAAACUAAAAGUUACGCCGAUUAAAUACCUAAUGAUGGAGUGGUGUCUCAGGAGACAUCACUUCAGCAAUGUACAACUGCUUUGUCUGACCUUUGAAUGUUUUGUAGUUAAUUCAAUAGUCACUUAAGUGCACUUUGUGUGUGAAGAGUUUGUGUGGCAUGAGUGAUUAUUCCACCUCAUCAUACAUCAGUUGAGAAGUGCUCUACCCCAUGAUGAUGUAGCAAAAAGCAGCUAAUUUAAGUCCCAGAACAAAAGACACGUACCUAGACAUGUGUGUGCGUUCGCACAUGUAUACAGUACAGUUUAGAAAAAAACAGGUUAUUGAAGGUUUCUUGGAGAAUUGAGGAUUCUUUGAUUCUUAAAAGGGUUCUGUUGUGGACAUACUCUAUUGUACGGGGUUCUACGUAGAACCUUUAGAGUUUCGUCAGAGGGACAAGCCAAAAAACUAUUUAGCAGGGGUGGACAAAUCAGUAACCUGGGUGCCUGGGACAAGCAGAUUUUAUUUCCAGGCUAGUUAUAGUCACCUGGUGGUCAGAUACAGUAAGUUUAAUAGCCAGAAAAAAAAAAAAAAAAAGAA